GUUUACAUCAGGGAUACACAAAAUGUAGUUCAAAUGAACAUGCUGUAAAAUAUCAUCAAUGAAGAAAAAACUGCAAGCAUUAAGUUAUUUUUAACUCUUUAAACACUGCAUUCUAUCCGUUUUCGAUAAUAUGCAAAUUUCUAGCAAUAUUAAUCGCUAAACUUGUGCAUUCGGCGGAAGAAUUUUUCACAAAAAAGAAAACCAUCAUGGCGACGUCUUUUUCUACACUUCAUAAUGGAUAAUGAAAAACGAAGAAAAAAGUCAAAGAGAAAAUAAUUACAAUGUUAUAACCAUAUGUAGAAUAAAAUGGCAGACAAGGAACAAUUCAGUGAACUAAUUUGUUUGGUAACAUAGCACAUUGUAGUGAAGUAAGACGUAAAAAACUUGACGUGCCAGUGCGAUUUUGCAGUGUUGUUAGUUUUAUUUCAUUCACCCGAUCGCACAUGCAUUUACCUCCAUCGCACAUAAUUGUUUAAUACUAUUAGGCAUAACAGCCGUAUGCUAAAAAGUGUCCCAUCUUAUCUAGUCACACCAAAAAAAGCCAGUGAUAACAGCUUGCAUUAACUAUUCUCUAUGACAAUAUGGAGAAAUACGAGAAAAUUAGCAAAAUUGGAGAAGGAUCCUACGGUGUUGUGUUCAAAUGUCGGAACAGAGAAACAGGAGCACUUGUUGCUAUCAAAAAGUUCAUGGAAUCAGAGGACGAUAUGCUUAUUAAAAAGAUAGCAAUGAGGGAAAUAAGAAUGCUAAAGCAAUUGAAGCAUCAGAAUUUGGUAAAUUUAAUAGAAGUAUUCCGACGGAAGAAAAAGCUUCAUUUAGUGUUUGAAUAUGUAGAUCAUACGGUGCUAACAGAGCUUGACAGAAAUCCACGAGGAGUUCCAGAACAUUUUACCAAAAAGAUAAUAUACCAAACAAUACAAGCUAUAAAGUUUUGUCAUCAACAUAAUUGUAUCCAUAGAGAUGUGAAGCCAGAAAAUAUACUGAUAUCAAGACAAGGAACAGUUAAAUUAUGUGAUUUUGGAUUUGCAAGAGUCUUAACUGGUCCUGGUGAUGAAUACACAGACUAUGUAGCUACAAGAUGGUACAGGGCACCAGAACUAUUAGUAGGAGACACACAGUAUGGACCACCUGUAGAUAUUUGGGCCAUUGGCUGUGUUUUUGCAGAAUGUCUUACAGGCCAGGCGUUAUGGCCUGGUAAAUCUGAUGUUGAUCAGUUGUAUCUGAUCAGGAAAACCUUAGGUGACCUGUUACCUCGACACCAAGAGAUUUUCUCGAGUAACAGUUUCUUUAGAGGUUUAACCAUACCUGAACCAGACAGGGUGGUUCCUCUGGAAGAACGAUUUCCUAACAUAUCAUCAAAUGCCUUGCAUUUUAUGAAGUGCUGUUUACAAAUGGAUCCAAGUCAACGUUGGAAUUGUCAACAGUUACUUGAACAUCCAUAUAUGGAUGCCAACAGGGAUGCCCUUGAUCCACCCAAUAGACCAAAUCGUAAGAAGAACCCAUCACGCACGAGUACACACGUAAGUGAAACGACAAACUAUCAUCAUUUAUAUCAACAACUGCCUCAGCUGCACCAUAACACAAUGAACUCUACCUCAUCGCCCACACCUACAUUGAACCCUCCCAAUAAGUCGUACUUUCAAGGGUCAAAGAAACCAAAGCCACAUUAUAAUGACCAUCACCUCCCGAACAUCUGACUCCUCGGUCAAGGGGUUAGGAGGUUUGAUGGUAAUUGACCACUAUCAUCACUUGACUGACCCUGGAGGCCAUUUUCUACAUGGGAGCAUCAGACGACUGGUGUGCUGCAUGCCAGUUUGUUACUGCUUGGUUUUAUGACUGUCCUGGAGCGUUACAUUGAGACAAAAGAUUUAUUGACAUUAUGUUGUAACUAAAUGGGAGAUUUUGUUGUGAUUUGGUGGUUUCUCACGGUUUCUUUAUUUAAGGGAAAAAUAGUGUUGAUUUAACUUUUAGAAGAAAGAAAAUUUUCAAAAAUGUCUUUUAAUUAAAGAAAUAUAUUAGGUUAAAAAGUUAGUAUAUUUGAGUUUAAUUUAAUUUUUUGCUAAUUGUUAAUUUUAAUUAUACAAUAAAUGUAGAAAUAAUAUUCAGUCUCCUUUAGUAUUGACCAUUUAUUAAAAUGGAAUUUUUUAUUUCUAAGAAACAAAAACAUGAAAGCAUGAGAUUCCACCAAAAAUAUGGUAAUGUAAAAUUUCAGGACUAGUCCUUAUUGCUAGGCAACCACCAUAUAUGUCAACAAUUAAUUGUAGUAAUUAGGUAUGUAAUAAUUGGUUUAGAUGGUAGUUAUUUUAGAGCAGAAAUUGUAAUAGAUUGUGUAAAAGGGAGGUGUAUAUGAUAUCUUAUGUUGUGAAAGGUCUUAACACUACUUACUACUACUAUUAUCAAACAAAAAAGAAGAAAUGGAAAAUCCCAUGUAAAAUUUGGAACUAGGUUAUUUGUCAAGUCAUAUACCUUAUCAAGAGGAUAAUUAAGGGGUUUUCUGGAAAUAUGUCGCACCAAAAAAAUACUACUUACAUAGAUGAUGUGUAAAUAGUUAUUACUUUCAUUUGGAUUCAUCAAUUAUGUAUAGAUGUAAAUUAUUUACAAAGAGACAUGUUAAUAUACACAAUCGAAAGUGAUCAGAAACCCUUUAAUCAUUCUCUUUUUCCCUCAUUGAAAUUAUAUCAGAAAUGUGUUUUGUAAAAUAUAAUUGUGUGAUAAAAAAAAACAUUCAUCCCCCCCAAUUCACAUAAUUGUUACUUGCACACACAAAUAUAUUCAGGAAUUUGAAAAUACAAUAUGUUUCUUUUAAGGUUUUUGUCUUUGAAUUUUUACUAAAGGAGUUUGUAAUGAAAUCAGUGCUAGGCUUACCUUUGUUUAUUGUCAGUACUAACUAUGUAUGUUUGUGAUUGUGAAAUCGUUUGUUUGUUGUUCUGUUUUGUUGAUGUACCAUGAAAGACAAGAGAUUUGGUCAGAUUUGGCAAGUAAGUUGGACAAAACCAUUUACAUUUGCAAAACUUAUCAGGAUUAAUAUAACUGCAAUGACAGAAAAAUUCCAGAACUGAAUGGGUUUUGGACUAUAACAAUACAGGAAUCUGUUUACACUUGUAAGGUAAACUCACACAUAACAUGGCGGUAAACAUGAACUUUACCUUGGACCAAAAUUCCCAGGAAAAUUAUAUACAACAUUCCUGAAUAUUUAAUUAUUUUCUAAAUUUUGAUCUUUUGUAUUUCAUGAUGCUGUAUUUGGUUAUUUUUUUUUAAUCCCUGUGUGUUUCAUGAUACCUUUGUGAGUUAUCUCCCAUUAUCUUUUGUAUUUCAUGGUACCUGUGUUUCAUUUCCUUAUUAGUCCUAUGACAUAUAUGUUAACAUGUGGUUGCCUAUAUAUAGUGUGUUAUCUUUACCUAAUGAUUUAGUUCUAGUUAUGCACCAUAGCCAAAAUUUAGAAAUUUUAGAUUUUUAAUAUUUUCCAAAUUAUGCUAGAUUUAGGAAAUAAACUUUACAACUUGGUAUGAAUGAGGAUAAUAUAAAAGUUAUUAAAAGAGAUAUGACAAUAUAUUGACUUAUAGUAUUUUGCCAUUACUUCUUUUACUUAACCAUCAGUUUAGAUAUUUUUAGAUAGGGACUCAUUUGAUCUUUUGUUAAUAGAUACAAGUAGAUGUACAAAUUGUAUAAUUGAUAAAACGGAUCUUAAGUUCAAAUAUGUUUUGUUAUAAAUGUGGCUUUUUGAACAUUUCAGUACACAUUUUUUUAAGAAAAUUAUAUUUGUACAUUUCAGAACGAACUUGAAUAAGAAAAUAUAGUUUUAUACUUGUAACUACUUAUACAAAAAUCAACAUAUACUUGUAACUACCUAUAAAUAGUCAGCUUUUAUCAGUCUCUGAUCAUCUUAUAGCUGUAAUUACAGUCAAAAUAGUUGUGGUAUAAAAUAUCCAAUUUUAAUAUAUUAGUCAUUUGAUUAACAAUGUGCCAUCUUCAGUAAUAGUUAUGAAUAUUUAUCUUGUCAUUGUAAAAUUAAUAUUAUUUAGUUUAUAAGUGAUGUGCAGAAAUCAAAUUUUGAAAACAAAAUAGUAGGACCUGUUUCUUGGUAUUCCUUCAUUUCCUAUUCUUGGAAGGUUUUAAAUAAUUUAAACUUUAAUUUCUAAUAUCAAUUAUAUCAAUUAAUUGUAAUAUAUUUUUUAGUGUUUUUGGAGAUAAUACAAUCUAGGGUUUUAAACAUUUUAAAGCUUAAAUCCUUCUUGAAAUUUCAAGAAACUUUAACAGAAGCUCCUUCAAAAUCAAGAGUUACUGGCUGGAUUAUAGAGUUGAUUUUUGUUAAUUUCCCCAUUUUUCUGUAAUUUACAACUGGACUUGUUAUUUUAUUUUUGCAGUCUUCAUUCAGGAACAGUCCAUGGUUUAAUGUUUUAAUGCUUGGAUUACUAUGUCAAACCUUUAAGGAAUAUUACAAACCUAUCACAGAAGCUUCUUCGCAUACAAAGAAAUGGCACCUUGAGCAAACGAUUUUCUAUUUUUUAUUUUGCUGAAGGAUGUUUAGUUAUCAACAUCACACUUUACACAGACUACACCAGUCACGUUUAAAAGCAGAAAUCUCUUUUGAAUAUAUAUUGAAACCAAAAACUGUUCAGGGGAAAAUCUGUUAAGCCUCAAUUAGAUUGGUUUCAAUAAGAAGUUUUUCAAUUGGCUCUUUGCUAAUUUUUAUAGUCAAGAGAAAAUAGUCAACACAUUUAUUGCUUAUGCUGUUGAUAUGCUGACUUGGAAAAACUUUAAACUUUUUACUUUUGUGUGUCUUGAUUCACACCUUAUUGUAGAUCAAAUUUACAGUAUUUUUGACAUUUUUAUUAAGAUUGACUUAAGAGAAAAACUGAUUGUAUCUGAAAGGGUAGCAGAAAGUUCCAUGGUUUUAAAUAUCAAUUCAGAAUAUGUCUGAGAUGAUUUUGUUUUGUCUUCAUUUUUGUUUGCCUUAAAUAACCAAUCCAAAUAAGGAUGUAAAUUUAUCCAAAAACAUUAAAUGAAAUUCAGAUUUAUUUGAAACCGGUGAAAAAGGAAAGGUUUAGAAAUUUUCACAGGCAAUUUGUUUGUUUAUUUUGUUGCAAUUUUUUGUUCACAAGUGUGUUUUUCUUAAUUUUCUGAGCACAAUUCUAAAAGCAACUAACUUCUGUUGGAACUAAUUGUUUUGCUUUCUGUUGCUUCCAGUUUUUGCCUCCCAUGAAAUAUGGCCUGCUUGCUUGUAGUUUGAAUAGUAUAUCUUAGUAUAUACUUCUAACUAUGAGUAUGUUGAGAGUGGUAGAUUCAUCUGUUUAUAAAUUCAUUUGGUCAUUGUCAUUUUGACACCGAUUUUUUUGUCUUAUAUAAAAUUCAUAUACAUAUCACUUAUUUACUUACUUGGCACCAAAUGCUCUCUGUACAGUUUCAGUUUUUAAAGAGUUAAUAAAUAAUUCUGUAAUUUCAUAUUCAGAAACCUAAGGAAAUAAAUUUCAAAGACAUUACCCUCGAUGUACAUUUCUUGAAUUUUCUGUCAGUGAAAAAGUUGUAAUUUUGGAUCAACAUUACGCUAGCAACCAUUUCAAGUUGCAUAUAUUGGUUUUUGAUGUUUUAUUACAGAAUCAAACAUUUUACAACUCAUAAACUGGAAUUGGGUCUCAUAGUUUGUUUAUUGAAACAUAUAUAUUUAUAGAUCGUUUUACUAUACCAUUUGUGUAUUUUGCAAGGUCUUUGUUUAGUUACAAAAUAUAUUAAUUGUAGUGAAUGAAUGUGUUGUUUUUUUUAUUUAAUUGAUAAUGGUAAACUUCAUAUUGUACAAAUAUGAUGUAUGUUGAAAUGUAUGUAUUUAUUGUAUAUUUUAUCAUUGUUAUCAGGAAAAAUCUUUUAUGAAGUUUUGCAUAGGCUUUAAUGAAUUUUCUGAGGUUUUAAUAGAUAAAAAAAAAUUAACAUUCAAUUAUACAACAAGCAUUUUGAAUAUUAUGUUAUAGAAAAGUUGAACUUAAUAAUUUUUGAAAACUUCAUAGCCAAGUAUUUAUGUAGUCCCUUGUUCUAUUUUCCAAACAACCCCUCAAUUCUUGUCGCCAUUAUAAAAUGCUGACUUUUUGCCCGUCUUAUAAUUCCAAUUUAGGCACCAAAACAGUGUUAAUCAGUUGGAACAAAAGGAAGACAUUGAUUGUUUGUAAAAAUAGCUGGGACAUUUCAAAAUACCCACUUUAUAGUAUUGCACAUAUCUACUGCGUAAAUAUGAAGCAAUAACAUUUUUAAUCUAAAAUUGCCUUUUGAAGAUAAACUUUUUAAAAGAUUUUUUUUUUGUUCAUGCAAUUGCUUUAAUGAUUGUCAAAAUAUUUUGUUUUUAGUUAUAGUGAGCAAUAAGUCUAACAUAGAAGAAUAUUAAAAUAUAAUUGAUGGAUUGGUGAAUGAUGUAUAUGUUAUUCACCAGAUAUUGUAUCAGAUGUUUCAAGUCUGUUUGACUUGAUUGUGUCUUGUUUAUAAAUCAUACAAUUUGAUUACAGUGAUAUUUAAUUUUUGAUUUGUUGUUUUUAACAUAAAUUUUUCAUAAUAUAAUUACAUAAUGUGUCUCUCUGUUUUUUGGAAAUUAAAUGUUUUUAUAGAAAAAAAAAUCUUACUGAAAAAUGCAGUUGUCCAACAAUCAUGUAAAUGAUUCAUCUGACAUUGUAAUUAGGUAUAUAUAAGUGUAAUUAUGACAUUGUGAAAAUGAUAAUUUUAAUACACAGAUAAAAAUUGAAUAGUUAAAUUUGAUAUUCUCUAAAUAAUCAUUUAAAAUCAUGUUAUGUAAAAGUUUUUACAUUUUCAAAUAAAAGUCAUGGAUAGAAAUAAUUAACUCAUCUUUCAAUUCCGCUUCUUUUCUAAAUAAUUCAAAUUCUAAACUCAGCUUCAAUUAUAAUGUAUGAAAUUUAUUUCCAAUUAUCUUGCUAGACUUUAUAUCCUAGAAACUUUGUAUCAUUUUCAUGUCACAUGAAGCUAGAAUAGUUCAUUUAGUUAAUAAGAUCAUUCAUAAUAUUUAUAUGAAUGUGGAGUCUUAUAUUAAUUACAAAACAAGGCUAAGAUAUGUACAAUGAAAUAAAAUUAAAUAAAAAACAAUGAGGAAAGGAAAUAUUUUUGAUUCUUCUUACAAAAUGGAUUCAGUUGCUAAGGGUUAUUUGGCAAACUGUAAACUUCUUCUUCUGUUAAACUAUUGGUAAAGGCUUUCUAGAAGAGACAACCAUGUUCACACAUAACAUGUGCAUCAUUUUUUUUAUGUUUUCCCUCCAUUUUUUGUAGCAUCCGUCCUGUUGUUUUGGUUGUCUGGUUGUAGACUAUAGUAUACAAUUUUUUGCCAAAGGUAGAUCAGGUUUUUGUCAGAAUAAUCUCAACAGUCUUAAACUUGUUACCUGUAUCUAGAUACAAUAAAUGUUAUCAAAUCAUGAAAA